ACAAACCCAUUCCAACCAUCCCUCGCUCCAAGCCUCGAAUCAUCAAAUCAUUCAGCAUGAAGUCCUCCUUACCCAAGCCCACCUCGUGACCCUCGCUCUCGCGUAUCGAUCCGGGAGGGACGGCUUGUCCCAAAAUAACCGUUCCAUACCCAUCUCCCAAACCCGACUCGCUGCUUACACUGCACCCUGCAUGCCCAAACAUUCUGUUGCAGGUCUACAAUCGCGGGAUCUCGAUUUGGCUAUUUGUCGGCCCUACCUUUUUUGUCGCGACUCACGGGGAGUCCCCUUUCUGCCUUCCUCAAAUCGUGUUCACUUGCAACGACGAGCCAAUCGCACCUCGCCAAACAUCGGAGCAACCUCGCAAUCGAUCGAUCGAAGUUUCGAUUUAUGUUGUGAUUCGUGGAUCGGGAAUCAUACGGAGCUCGCCCGAGGAGAUUUGGUUGCUUUGAUAAUUGGUGCGUUGUACGUGAUCGAAGCGGUUCGAUCUCGGAUGGCCUUCUGUGGCCGACGCUGGGUGUACAUUAGGGAGUAAGUACAGCUUUCUUUGUACUUCUUGUUAAUUGUACGUGUGUCCGAAGAACAAUUGCAAAGUUGCAAGGAACUCCAGCGGGCUGCACGUGGUGAUAGUGAGCAGGCGGGCCCGGUCCCCCUCAAGCGCGAUAAAGCCUCAUAAUGACCUUGG